CCCUCCAUUCCCCACAGCAGCAGCAGCCAUGACGCCUCAACAUCUCAACAUCAAGUGGCUCAACACACUUAACGCCAAGAAGGUCGUCCUCGCCUCGACUUCGCCACGUCGCAAGGAUAUUCUCUCUCAGCUAGGAAUCAACUACACGGUCGUGCCCAGCACCUUCCCAGAAACCCUGGACAAGUCGCUGUUCAGCCAUCCCUCCGAAUACGUCAAGGAGAAUGCGCUUCAAAAGGCGCUUGAAGUGUAUGAGCGCUUGAAGGCCUCAGGUAAUACUCCAGACCUGGUCAUUGGUGCCGAUACUGUGGUCGCUCAUAACUCCCAGAUCCUUGAAAAGCCCCGAUCUGAGCAAGGCGCAGUGGAGAUGUUGACCAGUUUGUCUGGAUCGACGCAUAUGGUCUACACCGGUGUCACCUUGAUCGCCCCAUCAACGGACGGAUCAGAUGAGCCCAGAAUUUUGACAGAAGUUGAGGGCACCGAGGUCAAGAUGCAGAACCUUACGCGCGAGAUCAUUGAGGCGUACGUUGAGACAAAGGAGCCCAUGGACAAGGCUGGAGGGUACGGUUAUCAAACUACAGGCUGUUUACUGGUCAAGGGCAUCAAUGGUUGCUCGUGGAACGUGAUUGGCCUCCCUGCGUCCAAGCUUUUCUUUAUGCUAGAGGAGUUCACCACACAGAAGUAAACUGGUCUUUUAGACGCUCAUAGCAUACAUAAUUGUUGUAGAAAACCAGAAUGAAG